CCUUACAUUUUUCUGAUUGAUUCAUUUAGGAAAAAAAAAAGUUUUGCUAAUUAUUCAUUUCUCUACUUGGGUCAACAAUCGACCAAUAAUUCAGAAUUUUGGGAACAAAAUAUCCAAUAUUUCUUCCUUUUACUUAAGGAUUUUUAUAAAAAAAAAUUGUGCACAAAAAUUAAACAAUAUCCAUCUUCCUUUUUUUUUUUUGCAUAAUGUGUUCAAAUAGAUCGCAACAUAAAUGUAGUUUAAGAAGUUAAAUUUGAGCAUAAAUUUAUAGAUUUUACUAGCCGCCAGAGGAAGACAAGUCGAAGAUGCAUCUGGUAGCCUGGGACAAGAUGACGCAGCCAAAGUUGCAAGGUGGAGCUGGCCUAAGAUCCCUCAAGCAAGCGAACCUAGCGAUGCUUGCUAAGAGCGGGUGGAGAUUGUUGAAGGAGAAGGACAGCCUCUGGACCCAGUUAAUGGUGGCUAAGUAUGGUCGUCAGCGGGAGAACCUUGACAUCAUCCGUCCAAUUCAGGGAAGUUCCUUUACCUGGCGAAGUUUUACUAAAGCCGCUGACCUCCUCCGGAAAGGUUGUGCUUGGAAUAUAAAGAACGGCAAACGCACUAAGUUUUGGCUUGAUCCUUGGGUUUUGCAGGUUCCGCUUAAGGAGGUGGCUCUUGGUCACAUCCCGGAGUCUGAUACUGCGGAGCCGAUCGAGAGGUUCGUGGAGGAAGACGGAACUUGGCAGACGGAGCUUUUUGAGGACCUCAUCCCGAGUGACGUUUUCCAGAAGAUCCUGAGCAUUGGAGUUGACAAGAUGGCCACGGAGGACGAUACCAUCUUCUGGUCAGCCUCGUCGGAUGGAAGGUUCUCGGCGAAGACUGCUUAUUCUCUCCAAAACCAGGGAACGCCCGACCCGGAUGAGGACGUCUGGAAGAUCAUCUGGAGCCUUCCUGUCCCAGAAAGGAUCAGGAGCUUUUUGUGGCUGGCUUUCUUGGGGAGGUUGGCUUCUAAUUCCCAUCUGUUCUCAAGGAAAGUCACCAACAACCAGAGCUGUGGAAGCUGCGGACAUCCAGUCGAGUCCAUUCUGCAUAUUUUACGUGAUUGCACUGCGGCCAGGUACUUUUGGCUUCGGCACAGCCCGCCUGGCCUGCAGGCCAGCUUCUUCUACAUGGAUGAGAGCGACUGGCUGCGGGGGAAUCUUAGGAACAGCGAGCCCUUGGGCUCGGGUAUGAGCUGGGCUGCCUUCUUCAGCGUCGCAUCUUGGCUCCUUUGGAAGAAUCGGUGCACGUCCAGCUUUAGAGGUUCUAGCUCUGCCCUCUCCCCUCCUUCCCUUGAGUACUCGAUUAUGGCUAAGUGUAAACUGUGGCAUGAGGCUUGGCAAGCCCCCUCCCCCCUCCCCUACGGUAGAGGGUCUAUGACCGCUCGUACUACGGUGAUGGUCGGGUGGACUCCGCCGAUUCAUGGUUGGGUGGCCUUAAACGUUGAUGGGGCCUCUAACGGCAACCCUGGAGCUGCUGGAGCUGGAGGUGUACUUCGCGACGGGACAGGUAAUUGGAUCGCUGGUUUCCUCGCGAACUUUGGGACGGCGACGGCCAUUUUGGCCGAGUUGUGGGCAGUGUUUCAUGGGUUGGAUAUGGCUUGGAAAAAAGGGUACAGGGCGGUGCGCCUGGAGUCUGACUCCCAGCUGGCGAUUCAGCUCAUCAACAACAGAAGUGAUCCUGUUCAUCCUCAUGCUACCCUUCUCUCAGCCAUCCGUAGGAAGAUCGGUCAAGACUGGUUGGUAAGCAUCACUCAUGUUUACCGGGAAGGGAAUAGAGUCGCGGACUGGCUCUCGAAGCACAGUCUCGUCUAUCCCUACGGUGUACAUGAGGUUGCGAACCCACCCCCCGAGUUAGCUUCUAUUGUUAGAGAGGAUGCUAUGGGUAUUUCUUUCGAGCGCCGGAUUGUGGCGAUGGAUUCCACCAGCUUGUAAGACCUUCUGGGUUCCUUUUCUUGGCUUUUGCCUCCCCUUACGCAAAAAAAAAAAAAAAAACUAGCCGCCAGAGGAAAAAAAUAUCUAUAUAGGCAUAUUCAUAUACAUUUUGAGCUGAAGAAAUUUAAUUAUUGAAACGCGUAAUUAGUGCACAUCUCAAAUCUUGUAAUAGAUUGAAUAUUCCGAA